UUUUUAUUUAGAUCCACUCCCAGUUCCAAAGGUGUUGGUCUAGGAAUAUCGAUGAUGAUGCAUCAGGCUGGAAUGCUAGCUGGUUGCGCACCAACUCCCAAUUUAAUUGAUCUGGAUAAUCUUCGGUCUCAAAUGCGCAAAGCUAAGGCUGAAGGCAGGACUGUCACUGUACUUAAUGGUUGUGUCUAUAUUGACUAUCAACUAAAAGCACAAAUCCCCGCUGGAUUUAAUUAUGAUAUUUGACAUUUAUCCAUGCUCAUAUGAAAAUGUACAAACUUUAUAUGUAGUAUCUAUAUUAAAUUUUAAAGCUGUUCAGCAAUAAAAUUGGAUUUGCCCCCGCACAUUUUAUUUUAUUUACAUUAUAGAUAUCAGCAAGAUUUAAAAAGUGAUUAAUUGGUUUAACAGGAAUUAAGGGUAAUCAGUCUGGGUAGUAAUGAUUGGGGAGAGGAAAGUGGAAGGAAUUAGUAAAAGGAAAACAUAAAAAUAUUAAAUCUAAUCUGGAUUUUCGUUUAUUUAUACAAUAUGUUGACUUAUCUUUUGUUUUGUGGAUUUGUUUUGGGUAUUGAAUGUUGUGAAAUUCGAUCAAUGGUUUGAUAAAAUUAUAUA